AUGGAUGAUUCGAUGCCGUCUACGGCCUCGGAGGGGAAGGAUUCACAUUACGUACCAGUUGUUUACAUGUUACUUGACUGUUGUUAUGUUAUAGAAAACCGAACAAACGACGAGCACGCCCUCGCCCCCAACUGGUGGACCCCCUUCAAAUACAAGCUCGUCGAGAUCCUAACCGACGACCGAGACGGCUCUGUGUUCGGCGCCGUACUCGAGUGGGACCGCGCAUCCGCCCUCGCCGACUUCGUGCUCCUUCGGCCAACCGGGGCCCCACGAGCCAUCCUAGCCCUCCGUGGCACUCUCCUGAAGGGCCCCACGAUCAGACGAGACAUAGAGGACGACCUCCGGUUCCUGACCUGUGAGAGCCUCAAGGGUUCCGUGAGAUUCGAAUGCGCAUUAAGAGCACUCAGACAAAUAUCCGAGAAGUUUGGGAGUAGCAAUGUGUGUGUGGCCGGGCACUCUUUGGGUGCCGGUUUCGCGCUUCAGGUGGGGAAGGCCCUGGCGAAGGAGGGUGUGUGCGUGGAGACGCACUUGUUUAAUCCUCCGUCGAUUUCGCUAGCUUCGGGGCUGAGGGCAGUGGGGGAGAAGGCUGGGAAUGUGUGGAGGAAGGUUCGGUCGAUGAUCCCGAGAAGGAAUGAUGAGAGGGAAAAUGACGAGGAGGAGGUUGUUAAGAUGUGUGGUGGUGAUGGUGUGGGGAGAGUAAAGUGGGUCCCGCACUUGUAUGUGAACAAUAGUGAUUAUAUCUGCUGCUAUUAUAGUGACCCGGUGGAGAUGGGGAAGGAGGAGGAGGAGGAGAAGGAGAAGGAGAAGGAGCAGAAGGAGGAGGAGGAGGAGAAGGAGGAGGAGAAGAAGAAGAAGAAGAAGAAGAAGAAGAAACGAGAAAAUAGAAGAAAGAGAGAAAGAAAGGAGAUUGAAAAGAAGAAGAAGAAACGUGAAAAUAGAAGAAAGAGAGAAGGAAGAUAG